AUGCCCGCCCCAGAGGAUCCCACCCACUUGCCCAUCCGUAAGCAGAUGGAAGAGCUCAUCCGCCGCAAGCAGCGCGAGAUCACCCAGGGCCUCGAGACCCUCGACACCGUCAAGUUCACGCCCGAUUCGUGGACCCGCGGCAACGACGGCGGCGGCGGCACCUCCAUGGUCCUGCAGAACGGCACCACCUUCGAGAAGGGCGGUGUCAACGUCUCUGUCGUCUACGGCCAGCUCUCGCCCGCGGCCAUCUCCGCCAUGAAACACGACCACAAGAACCUCAAGCUGCCCGAGGACCCGGCCACCGGCCUGCCCAACACGGAAGGCGUCAAGUUCUUCGCCUGCGGCCUCAGCAUGGUCAUCCACCCCUCCAACCCUCACGCCCCCACCACCCACCUCAACUACCGCUACUUCGAGACCUGGAACCCCGACGGCACUCCGCAGACCUGGUGGUUCGGCGGUGGCGCCGACCUCACCCCCUCCUAUCUUUACGAAGACGACGCCCGCCUCUUCCACGAGAUGCACAAGAAGGCCCUCGACAAGCACGACGCCGCCCUCUACCCUCGCUACAAGAAGUGGUGCGACGAGUACUUCUUUAUCAAGCACAGAAACGAGACCCGUGGUAUCGGCGGCAUCUUCUUCGACGACAUGGACGACCGCGACCCCCAGGAGAUCCUGUCCAUCGUCGAGGACUGCUUCGACGCCUUCCUGCCCUCCUACCUGCCCAUCAUCGCCCGCAGAAAGGACAUGCCUUUCACCGAGGAGGAGAAGCAGUGGCAACUAAUCCGCCGCGGCCGCUAUGUCGAGUUCAACCUGGUGUUGGACAGAGGCACCCAGUUCGGCCUGCGCACCCCGGGCUCCCGCACGGAGUCCAUCCUAAUGAGUCUGCCCGUGACCGCGUGCUGGUUCUACGAUCACCACCCAGAGCCCGGCUCCCGCGAGGACAAGCUCUUGAAGGUGCUGGAAAACCCGGUGGACUGGGUCUAA